AAGUGAAAAUCGCCUCUUUUCUUCACCCCCUCUAUCCUCUCCAUUGGAUGAAGGAAUAUAGGACCGUUCACUCCUCCUUCUUCUGUCUUUCCUGGAAAGCAGUCUUCCUUCCCUCUUUUGAAUUCCUUUUUGGAGAUUCUUUUUUUUCUUCAGGUUUCCGCCUUUGUAGACCUUUUGUUCUGUGAGGUUGCCACCUUUUUAUUUUACUUUUUUAUGAGCCAACGGAUUGAUUGUAGAGAAUAACAAGAGUCUCAAGAAGAAGUGAAAGAAGAGAAAGACAGAGGGGAGGAAGAGAAGAAGCCGGUACUGCCAUAUUUACAGAAAGUGCUCGUCCCUCUGCUGCUCUUCUUCUUCAGGGUGUCCCGCUCUGUCCAGCCGGGAUCAUGUCCACACCGGUGUCUCCAUCUCCUUCUCUGUCUCCUCUAGCUCUGUCGUCUCCGUCUCCGUCUCCGUCCUCAUCUCCGCUCCCAUCUCCUCUGUCUCCUCCACCCAGACUGCCAGUCUUCCAGAGGAAAGGAGCUCUCAAGCACAAGAGGGUGAUUGAGGUGAAGGACCACCAGUUCACUGCCCGCUUCUUCAAGCAGCCCACCUUCUGCAGCCAUUGCACGGAUUUCAUCUGGGGGAUCGGAAAGCAAGGGUUCCAGUGUCAAGUCUGCAGCUUUGUGGUGCACAAACGCUGCCAUGAAUUCGUCACUUUCACUUGUCCAGGAGCCAUCACUGCUCCCAAAGCAGAGGAUCUAAAGAGCAAACACAAGUUUAAAGUGCACACGUACUCCAGUCCCACGUUCUGUGAUCACUGCGGUUCACUGCUCUAUGGCCUCAUACAUCAGGGCAUGAAAUGUGGCUGUUGUGAUAUGAAUGUCCACAAGCGCUGUGAGAGCAGCGUCCCCAGUCUAUGUGGACAAGACCACACGGAGAAAAGAGGACGCAUCCGACUGAGCGUCCGUGGAGAGAAGGAGGACAUUUAUAUUACAGUGCAUGAAGCGCUUAACCUGAUACCCAUGGACCCUAACGGCCUGUCGGACCCUUAUGUGAAGCUCAAACUCAUCCCUGAUCCAAAAAGCCACAGCAAACAGAAAACCAAAACCAUCCGUUCCACACUCAACCCCAUCUGGAACGAGAGCUUUACCUUUUCAGUCCGGGGCAGACAAUGGGACAGGCGUUUGUCUGUAGAGGUUUGGGACUGGGACAGAACCUCACGCAAUGACUUCAUGGGUGCUCUGUCAUUCGGGGUUAGUGAGAUAUUCAGACGGUCUGUCAGCGGCUGGUACAAACUGCUCAACCAGGAUGAGGGAGAAUAUUAUAACAUCCCUGUGCCUGAUCCAGACCUGCAGGUACCAGAAGAGAUUCUGAUGCCCUCCAUUCCUCCUACUCCUUCUCCUGUGACGACGCCUGUUGCUGCUGUGACCCCACCGGCUCUAAGCCUGACUCCUGCUGUACUGCACACGGGUAAAGGCCACACGGGGCUGCAUGAUUUCAACUUCCUCAUGGUCCUGGGAAAAGGGAGUUUUGGCAAGGUCCUGUUGGCAGAAGAGAAGGGCAGUGAGCGUUUGUUUGCCAUAAAGAUGUUGAAGAAAGACGUGCUGUUUCAGGACGAGGACACAGAGAGCGCCAUGGGUGGAGAGAGAGUGCUGGCCCUCUCGGGACGACCUCACUUCCUGACCUCGCUUUACUGCGCCUUUCAGACGUCGGAUCGUCUGUAUUACGUCAUGGAGUAUGGAACGGUGGUGAUCUUAUGUUUACAUCCAAAUCGUUGGCAAGUUUAAGAACCACAUGCAGCGUUUUAUGCUGCUGAGAUUGCAGUAGGCCUGUUUUUCCUGCACAACAAAGGCAUCAUAUACAGAGAUCUGAAACUGGACAACGUCUUACUGGAUAGCGAAGGACACAUAAAGAUAGCAGACUUCGGGAUGUGUAGGGAGGGCAUGAUGGAAGGAGACACCACCCGGACCUUCUGUGGCACACCUGAUUACAUCGCGCCAGAGAUUGUAGCGUAUCAGCCCUAUGGUAAAGCAGUGGAUUGGUGGUCAUAUGGCGUUCUCCUUUACGAGAUGCUGGCUGGGCAGCCUCCUUUUGAUGGCAUAGAUGAGGAGGAGCUGUUUCAGUCCAUCAUGGAACAGAGUGUUUCAUAUCCUAAGAGUCUCUCUCGGGAGGCCGUGGCCAUCUGUAAAGGCCUUCUCACCAAGAACCCUGCUAAGCGUUUGGGAGGAGGAGAGGAUGGAGAGAGGAGCUGUCGGGAGCAUCCUUUUUUCCGCUGGAUAGACUGGGACAGACUGGAGAGACUGGAGAUACAGCCUCCUUUCAAGCCCAGAAGUGGGGGCAAAAAAGGAGAGAACUUUGAUAAGUUUUUCACAUCCACCUCGUCCACCCUCACACCUUCUGACCCUGAUGUUCUUGCCGCAAUAAAUCAAGAGGAAUUCCAAGACUUCACCUUCAUGAAUUCAGAGUUUCCCCCUUCACCCCUAACGCUGUCUGAGAAAACCUCACUCAGUUCACACAUGCCGAUUUCAGACUCUUGUAAUGUUCUUCAUUAA